AUGAAUUCUGGAGCACCCAUAAAAAUCAAGUUAGGCACCGGCCGUUGCCUGCCGGGCGUCGAGAUAGGUGUGACCACGGUCCGGGGCCCCGCGGCCCGCUUCCACCUGCUGCUGCAGCCGCGGCUCGCGUGGGGCCCGCUCGGCGCCCCGCCCCGCGUGCGCCCCGACCCCGCCCUGUUCGUUAUAUCGCUGUACGACGUGAAGGACGUACACGCGGCCACUAGGUAUGUGGUCACAGGGCCGGAUCUACAAUAUUUUCCAAUUGAUUUAUUGAAGAUAAAAAUUUGUGGUAUUAUUUCUCUCUUUUCAGUUACUUUUUUUAAGUCAGUUUACUUUAUUAUUUUCUUUGUCAAAGUAAAGUUAACGUAUGAAAUUCUCUCCAUUUGGCAACUGGAUAUAGUUCUUCUUCUUGUUCUCGUUUUAAUGCAUGGCCUAUUUGUGUUUAUACAGUUCUGA